GCUGCUCCUUCUUCUUUAUAUCCUUCUUCCUAUCCUCCAAAUCGCGAAAACCGCUUUUUCUUGUAGAUAUAUUUUACUGCAACAUUCACAAUUCCUUCUCCAAACCCUAACACAAUGUCUUCGUCUUUGGAUCAAUUGAAAGCCACCGGCACCGUUGUCGUUUGCGACUCGGGAGACUUUGCCACCAUUGGCAAGUACAAGCCUCAGGAUGCCACCACCAACCCCUCCCUGAUCCUCGCGGCUUCCAAGAAGCCCGAAUACGCCAAGUUGAUUGAUACAGCUGUCGAGUACGGCAAGCAACACGGCAAGACUGUCGAUGAGAAGGUCGAUGCUACCCUUGACCGUCUCCUCGUUGAGUUCGGCAAGGAGAUCCUCGCCAUCAUUCCCGGAAAGGUCUCUACCGAAGUCGAUGCUCGGUACUCCUUCGACACCAAGGCCUCCGUUGACAAGGCUCUCCAUAUCAUCGAGCUUUACAAAUCCAUUGGGAUCUCCAAGGACCGCGUUCUCAUCAAGAUUGCUUCCACCUGGGAAGGUAUCCAGGCUGCUCACAUCCUGCAGUCCCAGCACGGAAUCAACUGCAACUUGACCCUCAUGUUCUCCCUUGUCCAGGCUAUUGCUGCUGCUGAGGCUGGUGCUUUCCUCAUCUCUCCCUUCGUCGGUCGUAUUCUAGACUGGUACAAGAACGCCCACAAGCGCGAUUUCACUGCUCAAGAGGACCCUGGUGUCAAGUCCGUCCAGAGCAUCUACAACUACUACAAGAAGCACGGCUACAACACCAUUGUCAUGGGUGCUUCUUUCCGUAAUAUCGGUGAAAUCACCGAGCUCGCUGGCUGUGACUACUUGACUAUCUCCCCCAACCUUCUCGAGGAACUCUUGAACUCCACCGCCCCCGUCCCUAAGAAACUCGACCCCUCCGGCGCUGCUUCCCUCGACAUCCCCAAGCGCGAGUACCUCAACAACGAAGCUCUCUUCCGAUUCGACUUCAACGAAGAAGCCAUGGCUGUCGAGAAGCUCCGUGAGGGUAUCUCCAAGUUCGCCGCUGACGCCGUUACCUUGAAGGAUCUCCUCAAAGCCAAGAUUCAAGCUUAGAGGGAAGACUGAUAUGAUGAUAAGAAAUACAAAAUUUGAUGAUAACUGAUGGGCUCUAGAUUCCCUUUGUUCAUUUUUUUUCUCUCUUCCCUUAUGUGUGCACAUCUCAUUCUCUGCUUUUGAUUUGGGUAGUCAGAAUGAUCAGAAUGUGAAUAUUAAUGUUGCAUGAGAUGAUUUUCAUUGCCUAGGUAGCCAUCCUAAAAAUACUUAAUAUUAUAUAAAUAUACUGAGGUAGUUG